CGAGGAUUAAUUAUUAAUGCCGGUGUUGAUAAUUGUCGCUAUUUGAUUUAAUUCUUGAUUUUGUCUUUAUUACGAAAUAUAUAAAUGAAUUGUUGUUUCAAGCUCGAUUGAUAUCGGACCGUUUCUGUGCAUGGACAUGCCUACUCUGGCGAUAGGUGAACAAGAGCCCACGCCAGCACACACUCGUCCAACCAACAAACCACCCGACACAUCCGGUUCUUAUAAACAUCCAACCAACCCGUCAAUCUACGAGGCAACCGACUCGCCAAGUUCUUAUAAGCCUCAGAAGGACUGUCCGGCGUAUAAACUUGACGACUCGUCUACAAUAUAUCGGCAAACGGACACCGGACAAACGUACGAGUCGCCAUCAGAACCCGAGAAAAUCUUUAAAACCACGACGUCGAACGCAGCUACUUUCGAUUCGCAAACGGUAUUUUCAAAAUACAAGCCUCAGCACACACCGGGCAAGGACGAAAUACCACAGACUAACCCUCCGAAAGAAACACCUACUCCUCCAAAAGUGAGCUCGAAAGAGAUACGCAGCUACAAGGACUCGACCGGAAAAGGUCUCCUUCAGGAGUCAGAAGAACUCUUUCAGGAUCUCAGUCAGAUGCAGGAGACCUGGCUAGCAGGAGUAAAUCCAUAUUCAAAAGUGAAACAAGAGCAAAAAUCUGCAAAGCCGUGUUGUAAGCCGAGUCAACCCCACAAACAAAUUGGACCAAAGUAUCCAUUUAUAGAACAGGGAAUCCCUAGCAACAGUUGCCAGAGAAGCGAGAACGCAAAUUCACCUUCCGGAAAUUCCAUGACUAGCUCAAACUCAGGACGAGACUGCCCGUCGCCUAGCAACAAAAAGGAAUGCUCAAUGCCACAGAUUGAACACCAUCACAGACCCCCGAUGGAUCCUGCGUUUAACAAUCACGAUACCAGAUUACAACAGCCCUUUGAUAGCGCUCGUCAAUGCCCGAACAGUGAUAUACAGGCGAACUAUUCCCGGCUUAUGUCUAUGUCAUAUCCACAUUUCUACAAACCUACCGACACGCACGAUCGACCAUAUGAGGCCGACGUCAACGCCCAACGUAACCAUGGUUACACGGCGCCCGCGUUUGGACCCGUGACGCCAUCACAUGUUGCCAUAAAGCAGGAACCUCGUGACUUCAACUUCGAUCAUAGUGGCAGGUUUCAACAGAGUCCAUCAGCCAUUCACAGGACAGUUUGGAAUAGGAACGCAAGUCCGCAGGAAGGCAUGUCCUGUCCGUAUGAAAACACGCUGAGGUUCUUCUACCCCGAUGAUCAGCUUUACCUAGAGAGACUCCGGGAAAGACACCGAACAUUUUACGAAGGUAUGGACGUGAAAGCCGAAUUCUACAGAGACCUAUACUUCGAGAGGUACCGAGACCUUCCCCACCCCUCUUACCAACGCAGGGGAUCCCUGCAGCUCUGGCAGUUUCUGGUUACCCUGCUGGACGAUCCAACAAAUGCUGCGUUCAUUGCAUGGACUGGAAGAGGACUGGAGUUCAAGCUUAUUGAACCCGAAGAGGUUGCAAGACGAUGGGGAAUACAGAAAAACAGACCAGCCAUGAAUUACGACAAACUAAGCCGGUCGCUCAGAUACUAUUAUGAAAAAGGUAUAAUGCAAAAGGUUGCUGGAGAGAGAUACGUAUAUAAGUUUGUUUGUGAUCCUGAAGCAUUGUUUUCUAUGGCAUUCCCCGAUAACCAUCGCCCAGUUUUGAAAACUGACCAUUCGUCUACACAUUCGCUAGCAGAGGGACUUUAUCGCGAAACCAGUCAAUCUCCGGAAGUGCAGCCAGCGUUUUCUUUACCGCCUUUGACGUCAUCAUUUGCUGCGUCAUCACAAAUUCCACCACUGCCUCCGAUAAAUGUAUCGCCAACCGGAGGAACCAAUAUUUUUACCGCACCGGAUCCUCAUCGGUAUCCGUACAUGCAGGAUGUACAGAAAAUAUACAACUCUGGACCAUACAUGGAGUCAUGUGUAUAUUAGCAGAUAUAAAACAUUGUUGUCGUACUGGCCCUAGUUUAUCAAACUAUCUUUAACGGAUCUGGUUUAAGUUUUUUCUUAUUUCAUUUAGUCAAAAUAUUUAUAUAUUUGUGAUUUUACAAAGUAAAAUAUAAUUGAUAAUUGCCAUCUCUAUACUAAUUUCCUAUUCAAGUCCAAACACGCUUUAAAAGAUAUUUCAUAAAAUAUAUAUAUAAAAACGUUUGCUGGAUUUGAUCUGAUUCUGUUAAAAGGGACUUAAGAUUGUUUGAGUAAUUAGGGCCAGGAUAUGUCAUUGCUUGAAUUGGGCUGGGCGCCUUUUUUCAAGGAACUGAACUUUAUAUGAGCCUUUCCGGUGGAGUUAUAUUCUCUCAUAUUCUUUCACAACAAAUUGGAAACCGUUGAUUGUAUGGUACAUACGGAUGAAGUACGUGAUUGUUUAAAGCUGACAAAUGUAUGAAUUCAACGCACUCGACGAACCAUACGAUCCGUAACAAGUGCAUAUAUAUGAAUAAAACAUGUGUGAUUAUCCUUAGUAUAGAUACCUUAUCAAAGAAAAAUGUUUGUUAUUUU